AUGGAUUUCCUGGUGGGUGGGAACCACACUGCAGUGACAGAGUUCAUUUUACUUGGCUUAACAGAAGACCUGGUCCUUCGAGUGAUCCUUUUUAUCAUCAUCCUGUGCAUCUACCUGUUGACCAUGUUUGGAAACCUCAGCACAAUCCUGCUAAUCAGAAUCUCUCCUCAGCUACAUCACCCCAUGUAUGUUUUUCUGAGUCACUUGGCUUCUACAGACAUUGGGUACUCAUCUACUGCCACACCCAAUAUGCUUGUCAACUUCCUGGUGGAGAGGAAUACCAUUUCCUACCCUGGGUGUGUCAUCCAGCUAGACUCAGCUGCUUUUUUUGGGACACUUGAGUGCUUCCUUCUGGCUGUCAUGGCUUAUGAUCGCUUUGUGGCAAUCUGUAGCCCAUUGCUUUAUUCAACCAAAAUGUCCACACAAGUCUGUGUUCAGCUGCUUAUAGGAUCUUACACAGGUAGUUUGUUUAAUGCUUCCUCCUGUACCCUUUCCUUUUUUUCUUCUGUCUUCUGUGGACCAAACAUAGUCAAUCAUUUUUUCUGUGACUUUACCCCUUUAGUUGAACUCUCCUGUUCUGAUAUGAAGGUCCCCACAGCUAUUAUCUCAUUUUUUUCUGGGACUGCUGCUGUGAUCACAUUGUUAGUCAUAGCCAUCUCUUACACCUAUAUCCUCAUCACAGUCUUGAAUAUUAGCUCCACUGAGGGUCGCCAGAAGGCCUUCUCUACCUGCUCCUCCCACCUCACUGUGGUCACCUUGUUCUAUGGUACUGUCACAUUCAUUUAUGUGAUGCCCAAAUCCAGCUACUCCACUGACCAGAACAAAGUGGUGUCUGUGUUCUACAUGGUUGUGAUCCCAAUGUUGAACCCCCUCAUCUACAGCCUGAGGAAUAAAGAGAUUAAGGGGGUUCUGAUGAGACAACUUGGUAAGAAAAUAUUUUCUUAG